UUAUCAGUAUUAACAAGUAAAUAGCAUUUUUCAAAGCAUAUCUUUUAAUAAUUUCAAGUUAUUUGUCUUGUGAAUGGAUACUAGUUCAACAAUAACGUUUUGUUGGGUUAUUUCAUGUAUUCAGAUUUUGUGAAUGUUGAUUGUGAAGCAUACCAUACUAUUUAAACGAUUUGAAUUUGUAGAACUUUUAUUAUAUUAUUCCUUGAUAAGAGUUAUACCUCAAAAAAACUUAUGGCGGACGAGCUUAUUAACUACAAACUUCAACUACAACAGGUAGAAGCUGCUUUAACUAAUAGUCCAGAUGAUCCAGAACUUUUAAAACUAAAAACUGAUUUGGAGGAAGUCAUUGAAUUAACUACUGAACUUGUAAAAACUCAGGUACAACCUAAAAAAGAAAUUGUGCAAUCAAAAAAAGAAUCAUCUUAUCAACCAGAUAUACUUCCAUCAGUAUCAAAAACUAAAGAUGAAUGGAAAUCAGGGGAUAGAUGUUUAGCACAAUUAGCAGACGAUGGAAAGUUUUAUGAAGGUACCAUUGAAACCAUAGAUGGUGAAGCUGUUGCUGUCUUAAUUGAUGGACAAAAAUCUGCAGCUGUAACAACCUUAGAUUAUAUCAAAGAUUUGCCAAGAGCUCAUCCUAAUGAAAUGAAACACAAAAAACAACCAAUAGCCAAAUAUAGAGAAUAUCAAAAAAAGAGAAAACUAGCAAAACAACAAAGAUUUAAACAAUUAGAAGAAGAAAGAGAAGUUGAAAAAAAUAAAUGGCUUGCAUUUGCCAAUAAGGUAAAGGGUGUCAAAAAGGGUAUUCCAAAGAAAAGUAUUUUUGCAUCACCUGAUAAUGUUAAUGGGCGUGUUGGAAUUGGAACAUGUGGUCUUGGAGGAAAAGGUAUGACAGAUUUUCCUAUGGCAGAAAAAAGAAAGAAAUAAGACUAAUCUAUUAUUUAAUUAUUUGUAAAAACCUAUUUAAGUUUUUCACUCAGUAAUAAUUUUGUUAAAUUGAUAAAAAAAACUACUUCAUAAUGUUUAAUAUUAAUUAUUUCCCUUUAAAUUUUUUUGUAAAUUUGCACCAAUAUAUUGACUAAUAUUUAUCUAUAUUAUUAAA